AUGGAUAUUUCAAAUUAUGUUGCAAAUUUUCAUUUUGACGAAAAAUAUGCUGCAGCUUUUGAAAAUGCAGAUAUAAGUACAAUUGAUCUCUUAACUCUUGAUAUCUCUGAUUUGGAGAAGCGGACAAAUCGUAAUAAAGAUGAGCUUAUUCAAAUUGUACAACAGGUUUUUCUUUUACUUCGUCCUAAGAGAAAAGUUGCGUCACGAAUAAGCCAGAGUUUUUUAACAACUGGAGAUCGAAUACUGGAUCAGAAGCUUCACGGAGGCAUUCCCGUUGGUCAAUUGACUGAAAUUUGCGGUGAGAGUGGUUCUGGAAAAUCUCAACUAUGUAUGCAGCUUUGUUUAAUGGUCCAACUUCCUCGUGCUUUUGGUGGCUUAAAUAAAGCGGCCGUGUUUAUAUCCACCGAAUCGGGGCUUGAAACAAAGCGUUUAUUUGAACUGGCAAAAUAUUUACCAGAUCGAUUUCCUGAAGCUGAAGAAAGCGACGUAUUUAUUCGGAAUCCUGGUGACAGGGUAUAUACCAUCCUUUGUCCAGAUUUGGAAUCUCAAGAACAUAUUAUUCAAUACCAGCUUCCUAUACUAUUUGAACGCGAUAGUAUAGGACUAGUUGUACUAGACAGCGUUGCUGCUAAUUAUCGUGCUGAAUUGAGGUAUAAUCGGUCAAAAAGCCAUUACACGGAUUUGAAUAAUAUUGCCACCAGAGGAAAUCAAUUGGGAAAACUUGCAUCUAUACUUCGUGAUCUUAGUCGACGGCAUGAAGCAGCUGUCGUUAUUGCAAACCAAGUGAGUGAUCGACUCACUCGGGAUUACGGCGCAAUCGGGCUGUUUAGCUUAGACUAUCAGUCUCAGUGGUUCAAUGGAUGGGAUGAUUUGGAUCCUAAUCCUAAGAUACCUUCCUUGGGUCUUGUUUGGACAAAUAAUGUUAACACGAGAUUGGCUCUUAUUAAGCGUACUGAUAAUGCAGCUGUGAAAGCAAGAAGGACACUACGAGUUGUUUACUCUCCAAAUGCUGCACGAAUCGAUGUUCCAGUAUUUAUAGGUUCUAUGGGUAUUUUUGUUCCCAAGGAAGAAAAAGACGCUUUGAACCCCUUAUUAUAA